AUGAAGUUCACCACCGAGAUCACUCUCCUCACUCUGGCCAUGGGCGUCUUCGCCGAGCCCCCCACCAAGGUCGUCGCCGAGCGUGACCUGGCCACAAUCCAGGGUGUCAUCCAACAAGUCGGCAACUCACUGAAGGACUUGAACAAGGCUGUGGAUGGCUUCAACGGCGACCUGAGCGGCCUCGCCGGUGCCGCUGGCGCCUUCACCAACACCCUUAACCAGGGCAGCCAGCAGGUUAUGGGCACGAGCGAGAUUACCCUUAACGAGGCCCUCCAGCUCCAGCAGUUCGUCUCCGGACUUCAGAGCGACGGAAACGCCCUCACCAAGAACCUCGAGAAGAAGAAGCCCGAGUUCGAGAAGGCCAGCCUUUGCGGUAUUAUCUCCUCGCAAGUCGGUUCCGUUGGAGAUGGCGCCAAGAAGCUCAUCGACACCAUCGUCACCAAGGUUCCUCAAAGCGUCCAGUCUGUUGCCAGCCAACUUGCCGGCGGCUUCGCCACAACACUUCAGUCAACUCAGCAGUCAUUUGCUGCAGGUAACUGCACAAACGCCAACGGCAUGGGCGGCGGCAGCAAUGGAACCAACGCCGGCACACCCAAGACCUCCUCCCCAGCCAAGGCUGGUGCCGCUACCCUCUCCGUUGGUCUCGGCUCCAUCGCCGCGGCGGCGUUUGCUGUCAUGUUGCUGUAA